CGUCACCUUGUAAUGGCGGCUUCCGUGUGAGCAGCGUGUGCAGUGCGUCAGCUGCGUGUUCAGCUCCUGGGUGUUUUGCUGGCGGCUUCCUGAUUCUGCUCUUAUCGGAGGGUUAAGGAGUAUUUCCAGGUUUCGGGGAAAAAUGAAGCCGCAGAAGGGAAAGAAGAAAGUCGGCCUGGCCCAGAUUAAACUUAAGAGGAAAGGAAUCAAAAUCACCGGAAAAUGGAAACCAAUUUCACUGGACCCCAAUCUUUUGGCAGAUGGCAAUAUGGAGGAGAUCAUCUGCUUUGAGGAACUGACAGAUUAUACAUUAGUGAAGACAUCCAAGGAGUUAGUUGCAAAGCGGAAGAGGAAACACAGCGCUGACGAAGAAGAGGAGGAGGAAGAGCAGCAGGAGGGAAAAGCCACCAGCAAGAAGAAAAAUAAAAAAACCAAGAAAAUAUUCGAAGGCAAAAAAGAGCGAGAAGAAUCUGACAAUGAGAUGGAGGAUUUUUUUUGGGGAGAGGAGAAGGAUGAUUAUGAGGAGGAGGAUGAAGAGGAGCAGGAAGAUCUUGAUUUGACUGUGCCUGGUGAAGAAGAGGCUAAAGCAUUGAAAGAAGAAGAGAAUCCUAAGCCACCAAAAAACAAGAAGAAAAAGAGGAAGAAAAAAUCUAAGGUGAAGGGGGAUAAGAGGGAAGGAGAAAAAGCCGUGGCCGUCAAACCUGCGAAGAAGACAAAGAACUGGGCAGCAGGCCCGUUAGCUGGUGAGGCCGGUAAGAACGUUGAUGUUUCGGCGUGGACAAAUCUUUACGUUCCGCCUCCGGUUCUCAAAGCUCUGAGCUAUUUGGGCUUUUCCACUCCGACCCCAAUUCAAGCUCUGGCUUUGCCUUCCGCAAUCCGUGACAAGAUGGAUAUUUUAGGCGCUGCAGAAACAGGAAGCGGCAAGACUCUUGCCUUCGCCAUCCCCAUGAUCCACUCUAUACUGCAAUGGAGGAAAGUGCAGGAAAACGAAGGUUCAGGGGAAGAGGAGAAGGAGGGCGGAGAUGAGGAGACGGCGGACAAGGAGACGGACAUGGCUGAGGAUCUGGAUAAGGAUGAGGAGAAGGAGGAGGGCGAGGCAGACGAAGAGGUUGAUGAUGAUGAUGAUGAGAAGGAGGAGGAUGAUGAUGAUUAUUCCACCAUGGGCUGUGUGAAGGUGGUGAAAAAUGUCAAUAUUAAUUUUAACGCUGCCCCCCAGUGCGACACAAAAAGGCCACUGCUUGGACUGGUGGUGACCCCGACCAGAGAGCUGGCUGUACAGGUCAAGCAUCACAUUGACGCCGUGGCGAGAUUUACUGGGAUAAAAGCGACCAUAGUGGUCGGAGGGAUGGCCCCCCAGAAGCAAGAGCGAGUGUUAAACCGGAGGCCAGAGAUUGUCAUCGCCACGCCUGGGCGACUGUGGGAGAUGAUUAAAGAGAGACACCCACAUCUGUGUAACCUGCGCCAACUUCGGUGCCUGGUCAUCGAUGAAGCGGACAGGAUGGUGGAGAAGGGUCACUACGCUGAGCUGGCGCAGCUGUUGGAGAUGUUAAGUGACUCGCACUACAACCCCAAACGGCAGACCUUUGUGUUUUCAGCCACCCUGACCCUGAUCCACCAGGCCCCGAGCCGCCUGCUGCAGAAGAAGAACUUCAAGAAGUUGGACAAGGAAGGGAAGCUGGAGAGUCUGAUGGGCAAGAUCGGCCUCAAGGGGAAGCCCAAGGUGAUCGACCUGACCAGGAAGCAGGCCACAGUGGAGACGCUGACUGAGACCCGGAUCCACUGCACCGGUGAUGAGAAGGACUACUACCUCUACUACUUCUUGCUGCAGUACCCGGGCCGGACUAUGGUGUUUGCCAACAGCAUCGACUGCAUUAAGAGGCUGACGUCGCUCCUCGCCAUCCUGGAGUGUAACACGCUGCCCCUCCACGCCAACAUGCACCAGAAGCAGCGGCUUAAAAAUCUGGAGAGAUUCGCCGAGCGGGAAAGUUGUGUUCUCCUCACUACGGACGUCGCUGCCCGAGGUCUGGACAUUCCCAACAUCCAGCAUGUCCUGCAUUACCAGGUCCCCAGGACAUCAGAAACCUAUGUGCACCGCAGCGGCAGGACAGCUCGCGCCUCCAGCGAUGGCCUCACUUUGCUUCUAAUUGGACCAGAUGAUAUGAUUAAUUAUAGGAAAAUCUUCAGGACCCUGGAAAAGAACGAUGAUCUCCCGCUAUUCCCUGUGGAGUCUAAAUGCAUGGAUGGAAUUAAGGAACGCGUCAAUUUUGCCAGACAGAUCGAGAAGAUGGAGUAUUUCAACGGCAAAGCAAAGCAGCAGAAUUCCUGGAUACUGCAGGCGGCAGAGGCCCUCGACUUGGAACUGGACGACGACGACUUAAUAGGAGGGAAGCAGGAUGAACAAGAAGACCUGCAGAAACAGAAAGCCUUGAAGAUGAUGAAGAAGCAGCUGAAGAGACUCUUGUCCCAGCCCAUAUUCAGAAACGUCAUGAAAACGAAAUACCCGACCCAGAGCGGCCAGCUUCCCGUGCCCUGCCUGCCCCUCAGCAAAGCAGAGAGUGCCCUGCACACCCUCGCCGAGUCCAAGUCCAAGACCAAAAGGAAGAAGCACAAGGCUUGAUGCUGUGUAGAGACCAGCAGCACCUGCAGGGUGUGACCAAAAGGUGGUGCUGUUUAUAUAGAAUUACAUGCAGGCCUGGCUUCUCCUGCAAGAGGAUGGACUGAAGAGAACAUCAGACAUGUUUUGCAUCAGUUUUUGUAUAUUUUUUCCCUUGUAAAUGCUGGAGUGAUG